UAGCGGUAACUCGCUGUCUGCAGAAAAUAAUGGUAGUUGUGGGUGCGGAAAGACCAGCAAAAGUGUGAAAGUGAUGAAAAAAAAUUGAAAAUGUUACAUGGAAGGAAUGCUCUUACAUUGUGUAUGCUGUGCUGUGUUAAUUCUACUGUCUGAAGAGAAACUUUUAGUCAAAUGAUGUUGCAGCAGAAAUGAUAUUUGAACUAAUUAAAAGGUAUGAAUCAGCUGCAAACUCCUCCAUGUACAGCUGUGUGAACUACGUUUUUUAUGUUGUUUCUUAUAAUGUAUCAUGUAAUGCCAUUGUAGUUGUUAAUAUCAGAAAAAUAUUUUUUUCUGCAAUGACUUGUAGUGACUAUAGAAUUGUUAUUGUCUGUAUUCAGUUGCUCUUCUACAUUCCAAAUUUUGAAUUCCUUUCAGUAAGCAAAUAAGUUUAAAUUAGCAUUUUAUUCUGUUAUGAAAAAAAUAAAUGAAUUGUAAAGACAUUUGUAAAGUUUCUGAUACUCUGGCAGUGAUAUCUUUGGCAGUGAUAAAUUAGAGAUGAAUUCACGUUAACUAUGUAAAUAAUGGAAUGUAUGCUUUGGAGAAUACAUGUGUUUAUGUGGCUUCCGAGUUAGGGAUCACUUUUAUUAUUUAUAGUGUUUGUAAUUUUACUAAAUGCACAUGUGGCCAGUAGUAAAGAUAUCAAUGAUAUUUCAAGGAUUUAACUCAUUUAUUUUUUUAUGUUGUUUGAAGAAUGAAUGUUAUUUGGUCAUAUUUUGUUUUUGUUCCUAGGCAUAAUGUAAUGUAGACAAUACAAUUUUACCAUUUAAUAAUUUGAAGUAGAAUGAAGACUUGGUUUACAGUAUGUUUAAAUAAAUUGUAGUUUAUUAGAGUAUUUAUGUAUGCAUGUGAAAACUAAAACUAAUAUUGUAUGUAAAUUUCUGAUAUUACAUUGUGUAUGCUGUUAAUAAGAAAAGAAAAUGUACUAUUUAAAUUGUUUAAGAACAUUUCUUUGUGCAGUUUUAUUCACUUAUUUAUGUGAAAAGUUCAUUAUUUUUUGUGAUAAUACAAUUUUGUAAAGAUGUGUGAAGUUUUAUGGUAGGUUUGUAGCUAAUGUUCAUGCUGCAGAGAAUACCAGAAUUGCAUUUAUUGACGUUCUGUGGUAAGCUUCUCAUGAAGCAAUUGCACAUCCAUACCUAUACAAUUACCACUUUUAUCUAAAUGUUAAAUGGUAUAAUUCUACACAUUAUCGAUUUUUACUUUGAGACGUAAAAAUUUUUCAAAUACAUAAAAAUGUUCUCUUCAGGCAGUUAGUAAAGAUAUGACAAUAUUGCAUAUUCUUGGCUGUUUUACCAAAAGUUACCAGGAACAUUGUAAGGUAUGUAUCAGCAUAUAAAAUUGAUGUUACUAUGUAUACCAUAUUUUGUUCCUAUUUUAAGAUAGAGACUGAUGGCAAAGAGUUUGUAAAUUGAUAAAUGGCAACAGAUACCAACAAUAAGGAAUGAGGAAUAGCUGGUUUUUCAACAUUGGUCAUUAUAUAAUGUUGGAACAAUCAUACUUCUUCCUUAGCUUUUGGAAAUGAGAAAAAGAGUUUUUUUGGGAUUAUAGGAGAUUUCAGAGAUGCUACUCACUGAAUAGGUUCAGUAAUAAUAAAGUGAAUAAAAUCUGUGAAACAAUCAAUUUUAUUUGAUUGGCUGACUUAUGAUUUAGGAUAUAUUAACUUAUCAGCAAAAGCAAUUUGCAGCUUUUGUUUCCUGUAAGCAAUUUAUUUUCAAUUUGCAAUCUCUUUGAGACUGAAUGUAGGUAUAAAAGUGGUAGAUAAUGCUAGUUUAGUGAAAUAAAUGUUGAGCCUUAUAUCUUAGUUUAAUGCCAGAAAUACUCUUAAAACAAUGUAUCUUCCACAUUAAACAAAAACAUUUCAAUCAAAUAACUAGUGAUCAAGCAAGAAUUAAAUUUGAAAAAAAAAAAUAAUAAUAAUAAUAAUUUAGUGAACUUAUGGUGUAUAAUCUGGAUCUUCCAAGCCAUUCAAAAAAUUAGUUUCGUAGAUUAAGUUUACAAUAUUGAAAUGGGAAAAAGUACAUAAGUUGAGGAAAAGUCAAGAACUUUUAUUGUUAUGCAAAAUCUGAAAAUUGUUAUGAUGUAUCUAGAAUACUAUUCAGACUUUUAAUUUUUCCAUAAAUACAUGAUUUAUUUUUAUAAUUUACCAUCAAGCAGGAAGUGGAAGUGUAAUUUGUAUUUCUAAGAAAGUGAAUAUUUAUUUAUAUGUCAUAUUUUAAAUGAAAGGCUUCAAAAUAAUCAAAUUGCAUUAAAAGCUUGAAGAGAAUUGUAUAUCACAGUUCCUGCACAUUGUUGAAAUUAAAAUUGAAAAGAUUGGAAAAUAUAUUAUAGAAUGAAAGAAAUGUUAUUUUUUUGGUUUAUUGGGUAACAUAUUAAAGAAAAUACAUGCAAAUACAAGUAAACAACUUUAAAGAAAAAUUACAAUAAAGAUAAACUGCUGAACUGUAUUUAAGAUUUAAAUGACACCCACAAUCCUUGUGCAAUAAUAUGAAUGUAGCAUAUCAAGAUUUGAUGCCCGCAUCUUCCAAGGUAAGGAGUCCUAUUUCU